GUUUCUCUCGGGGUCGAAUCAAAUUGUCCGUUCCCAGGAGUUCAUCUCUCUCUCGAGCAGGAAAGAGGGAAAAGAGAAGCAGAAUUACAGUUGAGCGAAAAUGGCGGUUUCCUCCAUCUCCAUCCCCACUCUAAUUCACCAACUAUUCCAUUGCAACGUUCCUCAGUCCUCUACAUCUUCUUCCAGCUCCUUCGCGUUCCCUUCUUCAUUCUCAUUUCCCGCCUCCACGGUCUCCAUCUCGAAGACUCACAACGCACCGUCUCUAUCCAUUUCCCGAGCUUCCUCUUCGUCAUCCUCCUCGUCUUCUUCCUCUCGCAGCAAGAGCAAGACGUCGACGGCGAAGAAGAAGAAGAAGGGCAAGAGUGGCGGCGGAGGCGGGCAUGGCGACUGGAAGGAUUUGGGCUUGAGCGAGGUCGAAGUCGUUGAGCCUCGCGGCGGGGGCCGGGAUUAUGACGACGAAGAUGAUUUUGAUGAUUACGACGAAGCUGGCUCGACUUCCAUUUCGAGGUAUAAUGCUCCGCCGACUACUCCACUCCCGAAUCCUCCCGCUGGCUUUUUCGUAUCCGAGUCCGGCAGGGUUUCGAUGACUUCCGGCAACCGGAUUGCCACCAUUGUUGAUGCUACGAAUAACAAUCCAUUAGAGUGUGUUAUAAGGAGGGUGUUUAGAAGUUCAAGAGGUGCUGAAUGCAUGCUCCUGUGCCCGGUUGAUACACCAGUUCAGAUAUUGAAAAGUACAAAUAUUGAUGGGUGGUCAGCGGUCAGUGAUGAUGAAGUGGAGGCAAUACUUCCAGCUGCAGCAUAUGCUUUGGCCAAGAUAAACAUGCAUCUAGUCCAUAGCGGAUUCUGUUACACAGCAAGAGGAGGAUUUUGUUACUCAGAAGAUGACAUAUUUGAUUUCCGUACAGAUGAUGGAGAAACUGUGGAUGGCUUACCAACAGAGGGUGUUGAAAUCACAUACUUCCAUCUGGAUGGUGCACAUUACAUGAUAUAUACUCCAUCAGAUCCACUCCUUUUUGUCGCAAUUAAGGAUCAAGACGGAGUACUGCAAAUAGCUGAUGAUGAUCUUUUGGAGGACUCGGCUAUCGUGAGUGCAAUUGAUGAGGAGACUGAAUUUAACGCACUGGUGGAGGAAGAAGCUGCUCUUAUGGAAUCUUUGAUGGGCAAAAGCUGAUUGCAAACGUUGCAAACACAUCAACAUGUAAGCAUGCCACUCUUUUACUGAAUUGUUGUCCUGAGUAGUUGCGUAAAUGCGGCCUGCUUCAAAUUUGAAACUGUCUGGGUGGGGUUUCUUAACCGAAAUGAUGAUAGACCAAGACAGUAUGAAUCACAGAAGGCCUAGAAUUGCAUUAAUCGUUUCCUUCAUAUAUUGUACAUGAGGAAGCUUCUUAGCCUGUAAUAUUUGACUGAUUUGUCAUGAACAAUAUUUAGUCUACAAAGAACAUGAAGUAUUUGCACUUUACUAA